AUGAAUAAUAGUAUAAAUUAAAGACCUCCACCUCCAAAAUUCAAUUGGAACAUUUACGAUAAUUCAUCAUCAGAUGAUACAAAACAAUAAAUUACUCUUUAGAAAUCAGAUAAAAGAAGAUAAAAAUAAGUCAUUCUUUUAAUUGAUGAGAUGCUUGCUAAAUUAACUCAUAGCAAUCUUUUAAAUGGAAUAAAUACUGAGAAUAUUAAACAUUAGAGUAUUGAUCUAUUUGAUAACUCUGUGAUUGAGAAAAUCAAAUCUAAAAAAUACUAAUCAAUAGCUUGUGCAUUGAUUAUUUAAUCUUUAAGAAUUUUAUUAAUCCCAUUGAGAAUUAGAGAAAUAACUUAAACUUUAAAUUGUGAUGAAAAACAAGUAAGAAAGAUAUUGAUCUAACUUAAUCAAAUUAGACCUUUUGAUUAAGAUGCCUUUACUUUACAAUACAUGACUAGAAUUUGUGUAGCUAUUGGAUUUAAUUAGAAAUUUUAAACCCUUUGUAGAUUUUUCUAUUCAACCUUAAAGAAUCAAAAUUUAGUUUAAGGUGAACAUGAACAUGUAAUAGCUUCUGCUCUAGUAAAGUUAACUGGAGAUUUUAUAUUUCAUGAAAAGGGUGGUUUAAAUUUAUAAAUAAUUUCUAAUAAUGCUGGAUGUUGUGAAAUCUCUCUCAAAAAUUUACUUUAAAAGAUAGAACCACAUAAUUAAAAAUUGAUUUAACAAGCUUAUGAAUUUUAUAGAAGAACCAUGUGA